AUGGUGAAAAGAAAAUCUCAAGCUCUUAUUGAGUCUUCGGAUGGAGAAGAUUCUGCUUCUGAUUUAGAAUCUGGUCUGCUAUCAUUAGCCAAAAAGAAGAAAAAUAAAAGUAGUGGAAAUGAGUCAGAUGAAGGUCAAAAGAAAAAACCAACAUUUACUUCUGAUUCUGAGGCUUCAGAUACUGAAUGGGGUAACAAAGACAAAACGAGAAAAAAUAAAAGCUCCAAGCCAUCUAAAAGAUCAGGAAAAAGAACAAUGACAAGGUCUUCAUCAGAAAGUGCAAGUGAAGAACCAAGAAUGAAAAAAGAAGAAAAAAAAUCAUCUGAAUUAGAGGAAGGUGAAGUCUCAGACUCUGAUGAAGACAGUGCUUCUGAUUCAAGUGAUAGUCAAGAAGAAUUCAAUGAUGGAUAUGAUGAUCAAUUGAUGGGUGAUGAAGAAGAUAGAAAGAGGCUUGCUCAAAUGACUGAAGUUGAAAGAGAAAAAGAAAUUUACAAAAGGAUUGAGCAAAGAGAAGUUAUGAAAACUAGGUUUGAAAUAGAAAAAAAACUUAGAAUGGCCAAAAAGCAAGAGAUGAAAAAAAAACAUGGUAAAGACAAAAAGUAUGAUUCAACUUAUAAAAUGGAUCAUAAAGAAAGAAGUAAAGAGCGAAAAAAAACAGUUGAAGAAAAUAGAGGAAAAGUUGAUAAAAAAGCUCAUGCAAUGAAUUUGUUAAAAGCUCGAAGAGAAGAGAAAAAAGAAAGAGAUGAAAAUGAUGUUGAAGAGAAGACUGGUAAUAAAACAAAACUCAAAGCAUCUGAUAUUUACUCCGAUGACAGUGGUUCAGAUUCAGAAAAGUCUGAGAAAAAACCAGCUGCAAGAACUCGAAGUAGUAGUAGCAGUUCAAGAAGUAGCACUGAUUCUGAUUCUGAUAGAAGAUCAGUUUCUAGUUCAAAACAAAAAAAAAUAGAAUUUGUUAACAAGAGAGAAGAUUUGAACAAAAUAAGGUUGUCCAGACACAAAAUGGAAAAAUUCGUUCACCUGCCAUUUUUCAGUAGAGUUGUCACUGGAUGCUUUGUGCGUAUUGGUAUAGGAAAUAAUAAUGGAAGUGGGAAGCCCGUCUAUCGAGUCGCCGAAGUCAGCGGGGUGUGCGAAACUGGAAAAGUCUAUCAACUAGGUUCAACGCGGACGAAUGUAGGAUUAAGAUUAAGACACGGGGCCCAAGAACGCGUCUUCAGGUUAGAGUUCGUAAGCAAUCAAGAAUUCACGGAAAGUGAAUUCAUGAAGUGGAAAGAAACUUGCGCUCUUCAAGGUAUAUCCCUUCCGACCUUUGACGACUUGGAGAAAAAGCUAAAAGACAUCAAAGAGGCACUCAUCUACGAGUUCAAAGAAGAAGAUAUAGAAAAAAUGGUGAAAGAAAAAGAACGUUUCAAAUCAAGUCCCUACAACUACGCCAUGAAGAAAACCUUUUUAUUGAAAGAAAAGGAUAUGGCUGCUGCUAAUGGAGACGAAGAAAAAGUGGCUGAGAUAAAACAAAAAAUAGCCGAACUUGAAGAGAGAGCAGAAGAAUUAGACAAAAUGCGAACAUCCACAAUAUCUAGUAUUAGUUACAUUAAUGAUAGGAAUAGGAAGAAAAAUGUUGAGCAAGCGGAAAAAGCUAUCAUGGAAGAACUUAAAGCGAAUAAAGGGAAAAAGGUUGAUGAUCCUUUUACAAGGCGAAGUACAAAACCUCGAAUGGUUUUUAAAGCCCAAGACCAAAUGGAUGGGAUGAGCGCUGCAAGCAGGAGUGAUCUGGAUGCUAUGUCAGCCAUGAUGGCGACACCAUCGAUUAGCAGUCUUAAAGAACCUGAAAAGAAAAAAGAAAUAAAAACUGGAAACACGGAAGAUCUUUUUUCUGCGCAUAAUUUUGACAUUACAAUUGAUUUGGACGUUCCCAUUCCUAGUAACCCAAUCGACGUAUCCGCUAAACCAGUAAAUUUCGUUAGAGAUUCCGGUCCUAAAAGGUCUUUAAAUUUAGAAGAUUAUAAGAAAAAACGUGGACUUAUUUAA